AUGGGGAGGAGAUGGGGAGACAGCAUUAGGGAGAGGCUGGGUGUGUCGCGAGGCCUGGUGACGUACACUUUCCACAGCAACCAUCCUCGCCUGGUGAUUCCAGACCUCCUACGCAAGCAGGUUGCAGCCCACCUCCAUGCAGGCCACCAAGGUAUAGACUCGAUGCUCAGGAAAGCGCGACAGGCAGUAUACUGGCCUGGCAUUGAAGGGGACCUGAGGCACCAUCGCAACUGCUGUGACACGUGCAACAUACAACCCCCUGAGCCUCUCCUCUUCACUCCGCCCCCUGACUAUCCCUUCCAGCAGACUGUGGUGGAUUUGUUCCAGCUGGAGGGACACGACUACAUCGUCUAUGCAGACAGGCUCACGGGUUGGCUGGAGGUGUCUCAGCUGCCUGAUGGCACAGAAUCAGGCAGAAUUAAGGAUGUGGUGCGUCACCACUUCUCGAGAUGGGGUGCCCCAGAGCAGCUCUCCAUGGACGGAGGUACCAAUCUAGGAAGUGAAGAGAUGAAAAGUUUCCUCCAGAAGUGGGGGGUAGGAGUUCGGGUGUCCUCGGCGCACUUCCCACAGUCAAACGGAAGGGCAGAGGUGGCCGUGAAGUCCGCCAAGAGGAUACUACCGGGAAACACUGGAGGUGAUGGCAGUCUAGACAACGAUAAGAUCUCUCUUGCCUUGCUCCAGUACCUUAACACACCUCUACGGGACAUCAAUAGGUCACCGGCUCAGCUGGCAACGGGCCGCCAGCUACGGGAUGGAUUACCAUCAGUGAAACGGAAGCUUGAGGUGGACAAUUUUGGGAGGAGGACGCUGCGGCAGCGGGAACGUCAGAUGGCGGACCACCACAACAGAGUGGUGGCUGACAGGAACGUCACACGCUCCCGCGCGCCUCUUGCGCCUGGUGACAGGGUUCUCCCAGGACCACCAGCACGGCAGGAGAUGGAACAGAGCAGGUAUCGUCAUAGAAGCAAGCAAGGGACCACAGGCAGCAUCUUGUCAGACUCGACGGUAGUGGCCGUAUCUCCCUCAGAACGCGGCAACUCAGAACGGCUGCAGUGA